GCGUGGGCAUUUUCCUGCAGAAGUUGCGCCUCAGCUGGAGCAGGACGGCCGCUGCUGAGCUGCAGGAGACAGAAUGAAGGCGUUGAGUAAGUGUCAGGAUGGAUGAGGGAGGUUUGCCGUGGAACAACGCCGCGCCGUUCCGUCUCCGGAUUCCGAGACAGUGGCGCAUCUGUGCGCGUAACUAUCCUCCAUCGGGACACCGGCAGAGGAAUGGGCGUCUGGGCUUGGUAUUCGCUCGAUCAUCAGCGUCAGAAUAAACCGACGGGGGAGUGAAAGGUGCCGUCAUGGAGAAACAAACCAGAGUCAAGGAGGACAUGAAGGAGGAGAAGAGCAAAGAGAAGAAAACGAAAUCUGGGAAGCUUUUCCGAAAGAAAUCUCUAAAGUCAGUGGGGAGCUUUAUGAACAGAAUCAAGAAAACUUUGGGCACUUUCACCCACUUUGGAGACGGAGACGCGCAGGACGCGGAGGACGACGACGGUGGGUUUGGGAACGGCGUACCGUGCACCCUCACCGCCAGCUCGGGGAUAAUCACCGAGGAUGCACCGGCGGCUUGGGAUAGAGCGGCCAAACAUCCUCCGAGCACAUCUUCAUCUCUGUGCGCCGGCAGAGAGAAGCUGCUUUACCAGUAUGGAGACAAAGUCCCGGGCGUCCUGGGGCUGAAGAACCACGGGAACACCUGUUUCCUGAACGCGGUGGUCCAGUGUCUGAGUAACACCGAUCUCCUGGCGGAGUAUCUGGGGCUGGAGCGCUACAAGCUGGACCUGAGGCAGAGCAGAGGGAACGGGCUGGGGGCUGAGGACAAGCGGCCCCCCAAAGGAGAGGUCACGGAGCAGCUGGCAUCUGUAGUGCGAGCACUGUGGACUCUGGAGUACACCCCACAGCUGUCAGUGGACUUCAAGACGGUCGUGUCCAAGCACGGAUCGCAGUUUCGUGGUAACUCGCAGCAUGAUGCCUUGGAAUUCCUAUUGUGGCUGUUGGAUCGCGUCCAUGAAGACGUCAUUAAGGCGUUUCACAGCAACAACAACAGCAGGACCAAAACUCCUGAAAAGAGUCCCGGUGGAGCAGAGAAGGGGUCGUGUCCUGACCCGAUCCAGUCCCAGCAGCCCAGGAUCCAGCACAGCUUUGUCCAGGAGCAUUUCCAGGCUCAAUACAAAUCUUCCCUGACGUGUCCCCACUGCCUGAAACAAAGCAACACCUUUGACCCUUUCCUCUGCAUCUCAUUACCCAUCCCUCUGCGCCAGACAAGGUCUCUGUGUGUGACUCUGGUGUUCAGCACCAAAGGGCAGCGGUAUCUACGGGUCGGGCUGGCCGUGCCUCUGUUCGGCUCUGUGGCUUGUCUGAGGAGGAUGGUGGCUGAUGAGGGGAAACUCUCCCCAGACCAGGUGAUCCUGACAGAGGUUUACUCCACUGGCUUCCACCGCUCCUUCUUUGACGAGGACGAUCUAACGUGCGUUGCUGAGAAUGACGUCAUCUAUGCCUUCCAGGCGCCGCCGCUCUACAUCAGAGGGGGCUCUGCACGGAUCUCAGGUAGCUUUGGGAAUAGCCUACCAGAAAAUCCAUAUUCUCGCGGGCCUCCUGCUGAGGGUCAAAGGUUACCUUCAUCUGGAGCAUUAUCAUCAGAAUUUCUCAACCAUGGUGUGCCAGUCAAGAUCCUGCUGCUGGUUUGCAAUGCGGCUGGAAGAGGCCAGCAGACUGUAAGGUUUGGACCUCCAUUCUUGAUGAGGGAGGAUCGGUCUAUUUCCUGGGACCAACUCCAACAAAGCAUCCUCAGCAAACUCUAUUACCUGAUGAUCAACGGCGCUCACGCUCAGAACAUCAGAGUGCUUUUCAACAUCCGAGUGGUGGGAGGAUCUACGUUUUACAACUACCUUUCACCUCAGGACGGUCGACCGCUCUAUCAUCCCGCCGUGGACAGGGCUCUAAAGCUCUGCGGUUCUGGAGGACCUCCUCAUGUGAAGCUCAUCAUUGAGUGGGAACACAGAGUCAAAGACUGCCUGUUCGGUAACAUUCACGAGGAAGUGGUGAAGGAUGCAGACAGCGUACGAAAUCUGCAGCAGCAGCACGUCCAACAGUUCAGCUGCACAUUGGAUGAGUGCUUCCAGCUCUACACCAAAGAGGAACAGCUCGCCCCAGAUGAUGCCUGGAAGUGCCCCCACUGCAAGCAGCUGCAGCAGGGCAUGGUGAAGAUGAGUCUGUGGACCCUGCCCGACAUCCUCAUCCUCCACCUGAAGCGCUUCCGGCAGGUAGGCGAGCGGAGAGACAAGCUCACCACGUUUGUGCAUUUUCCCCUGGCCGGACUGGACAUGACGCCUCACAUGGUGAACCGCAACAACGGCCCCCAACAACCCCCUCUGCGACAAGGAUGGAAACACAGCAGGCGGCCGGACCUGGCUCCCCCUGACUUCCUGUAUGAUCUGUACGCAGUCUGCAACCAUCAUGGAGGAAUGCACGGUGGCCAUUACACAGCCUUUUGUCGAAACUCAGUAGACGGUCAGUGGUACAGUUAUGACGACAGCACCGUUGAGCCCAUUCCAGAGGCCGAGUUGUGUACGCGUGGAGCUUACAUUCUCUUCUAUCAGAAAAGAAGCACCAUACCCCUGUGGUCUGCCAGCUCCUCAGUCACUGGUUCCACCAGCUCAUCCACCUCUGAUCACUGGUUGGUCCGACUGAACGGAGGAGGAAGCAGCAGCGGCAGCAUGGUCUCCAGUGUUCCCAGUCCGGCCCUUUUAGAACCAGUGUAUGCUCCAGAGUCCCCAGAGUUACCAGUGUUUGGAGAUGAACCUAACAGAGACGUAGAAGGAAAUGGGCCCAAUCAGUUGGUGCAAAGGACCAAAGUUAGGAGUUCAAGCAUGAGGUCACCUGCCAAGCCCAAGGACACCCUGAACAAAGUUCUUCCUAUACGCUGGUCUUUCGGGUCAAAAGACCGCAUCAAGCACUCUGUCCAGGUCCAGUCUGGAGAGCUUGUGGAGUACCUGGAGUCCGGACGGCGGCCCAGAUGCACCAAAGACCCUAUCAUUAACCUGGUGGCCACUCCACCACAAAGGAGAGUCCUUGGAGUUGGCCAGGACUGCAGCUCGCCUAGUGGCAGCAGCCUUAGCUGUACAGACAGAGUCAGCUGUGAUGGAUGUUACUCUCCCAAAAUCCCUGAGGGGCAAAGCCGAGCCGUUCUGGAGAGAAAUGCAGGUCAAGAAUAUGGUAAUGACAGAGAGGUUGUUUCAAGAGAUGAUGACUGUUUGAGGCAGGGUUCAUUGUCUAAGAGAUUGAGAAUUAAUCAGAUUAGAGACCUGGACCUCCACCUCCAGAGAGGGGGCAUUCUGGGUGGGCAUGUAAGCCACAGCGCUCCUCAAAGUAGGGAGUCUACGCUUCGUAGAACCAACGCCCGGACAGCUGGCACUCCCAGGGGCCAAAAAGACUUGAUACAGAUGGCUAAAGAACCGGCAGCAGAGGAGGGACAGAGCCAUGAAAAUCUCUCGUCAUUUUUCAAGCCAGUUUUCACAAAGAGAGACGUUCCUAGGUCCCCAGCCGAGGACCGAGAGAGGCGACCAAAUGGCCAUGAACACCUGGGAAAAUUGGCAAGCAGUAAUUUAGCCAAACUGUCUCUUUCCAACGGGACUCUUCCAGCAGCACCGCCAGAGGAGAGGAGAGGCAGUACGGUUCAAAAAUGCGACAGCCAUCACUGCAAAGUACAGUUUGCCAACAGAAAGGCUGGGAAUCAGGAGCCUGUGGAUAUUCAGCGGGCUCACAGCUCCAGCAACAUCCAGACCAAGCUGGACUUCACGUUUCGCAGAUGUGCCUCCCUGCAGAGGAACGGAGAGGUGGGGAUCCCUCAGGCGCACCGGGUCUUGUUGUCAGACAAGCCUGGCUACUCCACCCUGCAGCGGACGCGGUACAGCACCACCUCCCUCGUGCCCAUGUAACAGCCAAGAAUGAGCGCUUGAAAUAAAAGGACCUCUCCUCCUGGUUUUCCAAGCAGAGCACCCAGAGAAGCGCCCCCUGCUGGAGGCAUCGCUUGGAACAGACAUCUUUUUAUUUAACCUUUUCAUUGUUCUGUUCUAAGUUCUUACCUGUGUGUGUCUUACAACUAAAUCUAUGCAGAGUUUUAAAAGAUAUGAUGGAAAUAAUUAGUUGUUUUUUUUCUCCACUCACAUUGUGUUCUGUUACUUUGCCGUCUGUUGGGUUCAAUAAUUCACAUUUGGGAAGUGAAGAGGGAUCUUUGUUCAGACUUCCAUGAGAAUUCUCAGGAAUGCAGGAAAUUGUUGAUAAGGAAGCUGGUACUGUAUGUAUUGACAUGUAAGAAGCAAAUGUUUGCUUUACAUAUUGGCCAGCCUAUUAAAGACUCUAAAAAGCACUAACACUGGCCUUUAAAUUAAAACACUGGACAAAAGUCGUCUGCUGUUAGAGAGUCCAUGUUCCAAUGAUUUAUUUAUCAAAUUAAUAUAUAAUUAAUGCACCUUCAUUUAAAUGUUCCUACUCUUUUUUUUUUUUUUUUUAGCUCAAUUUAUAUCCACGUUUUUGCUGGCAACUGACCUGUUGGAUGAGCUUUUGAAGGGAACUACAGCUAGCAAAAGAUGGAAGCAGUAGCACAUGAUAUUUAUAUAAGGGUCUAAUAAAUGGAGAUAUAGAAGGCCGUUCUGUAAAUCGAUCUUCCUGCUAUUAGAUGUCAGCGGAAAUUUUUACUCUUUAAAAAAUGCAAAUGUGUAAAAGAAAUAUACUCUCACAUAUCUA